UGAAAGUGAAAGUAAGAGUAAUGCAAGCAGCAGGCUCAGGUCAGCGGAGAAACUGCAGAGAAAGAAAGGACAAACCGGACUCCUGGAUUUCACGUUUUUCUCGUCCCUCUCUUUACGCAGCACAUCUCUGACUGUGUGACAGAGAUUUCUCCGUGGAGCUACAGAAACACGAUGGAUCGACGGCUGAUAGGUCUGUGUCUCCUAACGCUGUUUAUAUCUUCCUGCACUGCUGCUCCCACUUCAACCAACUUUGUGGUUACCACCACGUCUCCUGUCACUGUGACUCGUGGCCAUCAGGUCACAUUGCCAUGCUGGCUCAGUCCACAGCAAAAUGCAGAGGACCUGGAGGUACGCUGGUACCGUGCUAAUCGCUUUGACAGCCCAGUAAUGCACUACCAGUCAAAAAAGUUCAAAUAUGAAGAAGCUGCCUACGUUGGCCGAGUCUCAUUUGGACUCAAGGAUGCAGCGUCAGGCGGGCUGAAUUCAGGCGAUGUGAGCCUGAAGCUGCUGAACGUCACAACUGAGGAUGCAGGAGAUUUUGUUUGUUAUGUCAGCAGCAGCCAGGGUUAUGACAGUGCUCCUGUUAAUCUAAUCGUGACAGCUUCAGGAAGUCCUCCUUUUCUAUCAGUAGUGUGGGGAGAAGAUGACAAGGUGAACGUGAGCUGUGAAUCUGAAGGCUGGUAUCCACAGCCUGUGCUGCACUGGUCAGACAAGAAGCAAGAUGUGAAACCUCAAAGUGUGGUGUACAGAAAUCUGUCUUCUGGACUUUUUUUAGUCCACAGUUGGCUUCUUCUUUCCUCCACCUCUGAGCCUUCCUGCUCAGUGGGUCUCUCUGAUAAAGAGGUAAAGGAGGCCAAAGUGAGCCUGGGAACUCUUCGUAAGACUGUUGAACCUGAGUCAGGGUCCUCGCCAGGUGGGUGGGUGGCCUUUGCACUGCUUCUUGUAGCCACAUUAGUGUUGGCUGCAUUGGGAGUGAUUUACUACAGAAAGAAAGUGAGGAACACCCAAUCAGGAAGAGACCAAAUUGAUGGGAACGGCUUAAGUGAGACUCAAAAACUUUUACCAGGAGAAGAUGGGCGUCUUUCAGAAGCUAGAAAUCAUUAUGUAAAUGUUAAACUUGAGGACAGAAACAACCCAUACCUCAAGGUUGCAGGCAACAGAAUGAGAGAGGCCCAUAUAGAAUUUCCUGAUGGAGAGAUGGUUACCUGUAUCACAGCUAUCAAAGGAACAUCUGGCUUCUCUUCUGGAAAACACUACUGGGAGGUUUCUAUGUGGAGAAUUAACACAGAGAUCAAGCAGUCCUGGUGGGUAGGAGUUACAAGUGCAGCUGAAAUCCCCAAUAAUUCAUCCACAUCUUUUCCCAACACAUCUAAUGGUUUCUGGUUUCUGUCUUCGUCUCCCAAAAGAGCAAAUAGUUUUCAGUUUAGCACACAACCUGAGAUUUUAAUACCUUUCCAUUCAAGACCAGAGACGGUCGGUGUGUAUUUAGAUCAUGACAGCGGUGAGCUUUCAUUUUAUAAUGUGGAAGAGAAAACACUAAUUGGAUCUUUCACAGCUACAUUCAAAGGUGAAAUCUUUCCAUUAUUUAACCCUGGAAAAGGUGACAAAUCACCUAUGGAGGUAGUACAGAGGGAAGUACAGAGUCAAACAGGUGAUGAAGGAAACUGUGCAGGAUCAGUUGAGAACAAGACUGAAACUUAAUAUUGCAAGUGAGGAAAACUGUACAAGCAAGCUGAAACAUUUUCUUUGUUUUUAUGGGAAAAGUAUCGAAUGACCUCACAUUACUUUUAUACUGACUUACUGAGACAUUAAAUCCAUCAAUUCUGUCUGAUGUUCAGGUUAUUUAUACAGUUUAAGGAUAAAGCUGAAAAUUUGGAGGUCAUAUUAACUCAAACUCCAUGGCUGCAGCAUCAUUUUAUGUAAAUAUGAUUUAAACUAUGAAUUUCUUGCCUAUGGUUAAAAAAGUUAAUUAAUAUCUCUAUUAAAAUUUAAGCAGGCAAACAAGUAAGAAAACCUUUGUGCCUUUAACACCUUUAAUUCCAAGUGGAGGCAAAAUAUGGUAAACAAAACGCGUGCUGCUGUGGAGGUUUAAUCAUCAAAUUUUGUAGCUGACAUCAAACUGAAUGAAGAGACAUAAAUGUGUGCAAUUUAUUUUUAAUUUUUAAUCUGAAAUAAUUAUGAAGAGAAGUCAAAAAAGUGAAUCAAACAUUAAGCAAGUACGAAUAAAAUAAGGUUAAAUGCAAGAAUUAAGAGCAAGAAUACAAAAAAUAAAUAAAAAUGUGAGUCAAAAAUUAAUAAUGAUCUGAAAGAUAAAAGUAAUAAAUUCAUGCACACUAAUACAAAGAAAAAUUAAAUGAGGUGAGUAAACCAGAUAACGUAAGCGUUAUAGCUGGUUUGUAGUUCACAUGCCUGUCAGAUAUUGCUGAGCCAGAUUACUUAGGCCCUGAUAAAUUGGCAUAAUAUUUUAAAAUCAAGUGUAAAGUUUAGAGGAAUGAGCUUGGUGCCUGUGUUACAGGUGCAUUUAUACACUUUUUUUUUGGUAAACUAAAACCGUGGCUGCUGUAAAAUUCUAUACACAGGUAAUGGACUAUUUCUGUUAGCAGUGUGUUACUGUGUCAGGCCAGUGGUAAAUAUAGGACAAACUUUCUUAUCAUCAUCCUGGGAAUAAAAGCUCCUUACCUUUGUGAUAUUCCCUAAAUGAUAAAAUCCUGGAAUGUGAGGUCACUGCCUUGCAUCUCCAACUUGUAUGAAACAAUAGUUAAUGUUGUGUGUAAUGAUGAUGAUAGUACCAUAAAUUAUGAUUCUUGAUAAGCUAAUGCAGAUACCACAGGGUUAGCUUAUCAACAGCUGAUCAUUGAUAGUUUAUCACUGUUACAAACCAGAAAUACUACAAAAUAGUAAAAUACUACCAAAAAUAUUAAUGCAAACAGAGAACACUACACAUCCAGCCAUCAGUAUCUGACGGUGUUUCAGUGAUGCAAUGAUUACUGUGGUUGUUGAUAAAGCUGACCCUGUGGUAACACAGAGCACAAUAAUUGAUCCUGGAGAAUACCACAGAUCUGUACAUAGUAGUUAGUAUCACUCAGUACCUUAUAAGCAGUGUCUGUGGCUUGGUUAGUUUUACAUUUGUUCUCAAACCCCUCUCGUCUUAAUGUGGAACCAAUGCCACGUUGUAUGUUGCGUGUUUUACUUUGCAUAUGGUGUGUAUUUGUCUGCCAAUACACUCCAUGUGUUAUCUAUACUGUGAUUAGGACAUGUGUUGCCUGUGUAGUAGCUAUAAGAUUGGUUAGCAUCACAUGACCAUUUUUAAGGUUUUCUUUUUUGGUGUGGGGGUGAGGGUGUACUGAUGUGUUAGAUCACUUUCCAUUUUAAAUUUUGUGAUGGGACAGUACUGUAGUGGUCUUUGUAUUGUUUUCAAGUUCUAUAUGGUAUGCAUAUGUAAAUAAAAUAACGUUUGAAAUACUCUGAAUUAAACAUUACAGUAAUUAGCAUACAUUUUGAAUACUAAUCAGAAAGCAGUGUAACUGACAUGGUACCAUUUGUGUACUUUAAAGCUCUGAUAUUUUUUGUUGUGUUUGUAAAACAAUGUAAAAGAUUGAUGUGCAUUUUGUUUGAUAAUGUUGACAUUUUACAGAGCUGACUUUUUUUAAAUAAACAAAAUCGA